AUGUCACAUCAAAGCAAUACAUCAAUAUCUACCCCAGGGAACGCUUCUAAUAAUCAGAAACGAGCAUUGGGGAACUUAAAACUUGAGUUGUUAAAUGAACAGAAACAAGAAAUAAGGGAAGCUUUCUCUCUUUUUGAUAUGAACAACGAUGGCUGUUUAGAUUACCAUGAGUUAAAAGUGGCGUUCAGAGCGUUAGGUUUUGAAUUGUCAAAAAGAGAAGUGUUGGAUAUUAUCCACGAAUAUGACACAGAUGACAGGAAUUUAAUCACGUACGAAAACUUUUUCCAGGCAGUCGGCGAAAAAAUUGUGAAUAGGGACCCAUUGGACGAAAUACGUAGAGCCUUCAAGUUGUUCGACGAUGAUGGUACGGGAAAAAUUAGUUUAAGAAACUUAAGAAGAGUGGCCAAGGAAUUAGGAGAGAAUUUAACCGAUGACGAAUUGAGAGCUAUGAUUGACGAAUUUGAUCUAGAUGAAGAUGGAGAGAUCAAUGAACAGGAAUUCAUUAAUAUUUGUACAGAAUAG